GAAAACAAAACAACCCAGAGAAAACGGAGGAGCGUCGUAUAUAUAAUAGAUAGAUACAGAAAGGAAGACCCAAAGAGCCGCACUGGAGCAAAGGACGAAGAACGUUUACGAAACGGUUGGUUGUGGAGAGGGAGAAGGGGAGGCCCAUUGAAGCUUUUGCAUGCGUUGUCGCCUUUCUCUCUUUCUCUCUCUCUCUCUCCCUCCCCUCCCUGAUCAAACUCCAACCCUUCCUUAUCUCUCAAUACUCAAUAGUUCCACGGCGAGGGCCGGGCGAGUUUUCGUAAUUCCCAUACAUCUGGGCCAUAUGGGAAUUUACAAGCUUAUAAAUGGCAACGACAAAGCCAUGGAUCCUAACAAGAACAUACUCACCAGCCGACCUGACGACGAUAUUGAGGCGCCCAAGACCCCCAAGACCAGGCCGCUCUCCGUCGCCGUCAAACCCAACCGUCUCGUCUCCCUUGAUGUCUUCCGAGGGCUCACCGUUGCGCUCAUGAUUUUGGUUGAUGAUGCCGGUGAUUUCCUUCCUUCAAUCAAUCAUUCCCCAUGGAAUGGUGUAACACUUGCUGACUUUGUUAUGCCAUUUUUCUUGUUUAUAGUUGGGGUUGCUCUAGCACUUGCGUACAAGAAAGUCUCAAAUCCGGUUGUUGCAACUAGAAAGGCUAUUCUGCGGGGACUAAAGCUGUUUACUGUAGGCCUUGUGCUUCAAGGUGGGUAUUUUCAUGGCAUUCAGGAUUUAACUUAUGGAGUGGACAUUGCAAAAAUGCGAUGGAUGGGUGUUUUACAGAGAAUUGCAAUAGCCUAUGUUUUGGCAGCUGUAUGUGAAAUCUGGCUUAAAAGUGAUGUUGAAGUCCACUCUGGUUCUUCAUUGUUGAGAAGAUACCGGUUUCAGCUGUUAGUUGGUUCCGUGCUGACAAUCACCUACAUGGUCCUCUUGUAUGGACUUUAUGUUCCUGACUGGACUUACCAGAUAUCAGGGGAAGGUUCCACUCUCAUGUCUUUCUCAGUGAAAUGUCGAGUUAGAGGUAAUACAGGCCCAGCUUGCAAUGCUGCUGGCAUGAUUGACCGCAAAAUAUUAGGCAUUGAACAUCUAUAUAGAAAGGCAGUAUAUGGACGGACAAUGGAAUGCAGCAUAAAUUCUCCAAGAAAGGGACCACUUCCUCCUAAUGCUCCUUCAUGGUGUCAAGCUCCAUUUGAUCCUGAAGGGAUUCUAAGUUCCGUAAUGGCUAUUGUCACUUGCCUUAUUGGACUGCAGUUUGGCCAUGUUAUUGUCCACUUCCAGGAUCACAGAGAGAGAAUCAUGCAUUGGAUGGUCCCUUCAUUCAGUCUUCUGACGCUUGGUUUUGCCUUGGACUUCUUUGGAUUGCAUAUGAAUAAACCACUCUAUUCAUUGAGUUACACAUGUGUGACUGCUGCUGCAGCUGGGCUGGUCUUUGUAGGAAUUUAUAUUCUGGUUGAUAUCUCUGGGUACAGGCGACCAACAUAUGCAAUGGAGUGGAUGGGGAAGCAUGCGCUUAUGAUUUUUAUCCUGGUGGCCUGCAAUAUCAUACCCAUUUUUGUUCAAGGAUUCUACUAUAGACAUCCUCAGAACAACAUUUUGAAGCUCAUUGGUAUUGGAUCUUGAGAUCAACAUUCAUUAGUGACUGAGGGAUGAGCACUUCCACUAGCUGGUCUUCAUUAAUUAGCUUGUAUAUCGAGAGGAUCAGAGAGGCUUUGAUUCCGCUCAUGACCCUUUACAUGGAUAUGGAAGGGAGGGGGAUGGUGAAAAGCACGUCAGAGAUGGUGUAGUAGCGAAAUUGAGCAGGAAGUUGGGAGGCCAGAAGCUGCUGCUCGAUAGGGUCUCGGUUAUCUUGGCAUAUAUAUAUAUAUCCAUCUAUGCAUCUAGCUUGUGUUGUUUUUCAUCUAUCUCUCUCUUUCUCUCUUCUCAUCCCCGGGUGAGAUCGAGAUUGCUUUUUGUGGCUCUUCUGAAGUAUGAAA